AUCGAUCUCGAUCCAUUCAGAAUAGACUUUAACCGAUCAUACAAGUAGCCGUGUUCAAGGGCGCGACGUCAAACUCCGGGGCACAACCGACCAAUAAACAUCUCUGGGAUCGGAAAAUCUACGCACGACCGUGUGCAAAUUCUGAGCACGCGACACAUUACUCAUUCCAAAACAGCGCAGAUUCAUGGUAUAUGACAUAUAUAAGCAAGGAGAAAUACCCCGCAAGGCACUGUCAUAGCAUCGUAACAACCUCACAUGGAGAGCAACACGAUGGCGAACACAGCAAACAAUGAGGAGAUCAGUCUGGACGAUCGAAACCAGCACGACCAAGAGGUACACAACAGCUAUGCUCAUCCAGCGCCCACAGACCAUGGCAGACAAGCCAACUUGGUCCUCCUGGGUUGCUCGUUGUUACAACUACCUGUCUGGGGAUUCCCCAUCUCAUACGGUGUUUUUCAAGAAAACUAUGCUUCUGCCGCAACAGAUCUGAAGGGCGAUAUCAGUAGUACGGGUAUCAUUGGAACGACAUUGAAUGGUAUAAUCUACCUAUCCAUGCCAGUCUUGUUCGGCCUGUUCACCAACAAGUACGCUCACUAUCGAAGGCAUGCCGGCGCGAUAGGCAUCGUCCUUUUGGUCGGAAGCCUGGUCUUGUCGUCGUUCGCAAAGGAGGUCUGGCAACUAGUCCUGACUCAAGGCGUUCUUCAAGCGCUGGGUAGCACACUCCUCUUCAGCUCAAGCACCAUUUACCUCGAUGAGUGGUUUGUACGUCGGAAAGGCUUCGCAUAUGGAGUCAUGCUGUCCGUCAAAUCUGCCGUUGGGGCAGGCACUCCCCUACUUUUCGGCUAUCUCAUUUCGAAACUGGGAUUUCGAAACACCCUUCGAAUAUGGUCUGCGAUAGCUUUGGCAAGUUCCGCCCCGGCAUUGUUCUUGCUCCGACCACGCUUCGAACUGAGUAGAGACGACAGACGGACACGUCGCCUCUCCUGGCGAUUUCUUCGUCAUCCAACAUUCUACGUCUUCCAAGCCUGCAACAUCAUAUUCAGCGCCAGUUACGGUAUGCCACAGACAUAUCUGUCCACUUUUGCAGGGACAGUCCUUCAGUUUUCGGCUUUCAACAGCGCUUUGAUUUUGGCAGGAUUGAACGCCCCGAGCAUCCUUGCGAGCUUUUGGUUUGGCUUGCUGAGUGACGGCAAAGGUAUCUGGCCAAGGAGUCGACCGUUGUCAAUAUCAACAAUAACAUUCCUGUCCGCCAUUGGCGCUUGUCUGCCAGUAUUUCUCUUCUGGGGACCAGCAUCCAACCAGUCUGCGGGAGGUAUUGUCCUGCUAGCAUUUUUUGCUGCCUUUUAUGGAUUCUUCGCUGGUGGUUACUCUGCAAUCUGGGGUGGGAUAGUGAAGGAGUUGGGAAGAGAAGCAGAGCACCACAACGAACCGGUCGACACAGCCUUAAUUUUCGGUUUGCUGAACGGGGGGCGUGGCAUCGGAUAUGUGGCGGGUGGAUUUGUCGGAAUACAGCUUCUGAAAGAAGGUGCUGUAUCUUCGAGCCACUGGGCAUAUGGAACAAAGUAUGGGAGCCUAAUCCUGUUCACGGGUAUUGGCACAGCACUGGGAGGAGCCAGCAUUAUCCUUCAGAGUAGGCGCCUGUUCCAGGGCCGCUCGUGAUGUUGUGCUGGUAAAUGUUGGGAAGUAGGUUUUGAGUAGCCAUGAU